AUGACUAUUUCAUCCUGCGAUGUUUUGACUAUCUUAUUUUGUAAUCCACAAACCCACCGCCAUCACUUUGAUAAUUCUUCAACCUCUUUCUUCUUCAUUUCGACGAAUUUCUUUCUUCGUUUCCGACAGUCUUGGUUUGAGUCUCCCGAUGACUUUUCAUCCAAGAAUUUAGGAAUUCAAUUUUUCUCACCAAGAACCGCCAACGCAAUAUUGCCGCCACCAAAUACCCUCCAACAAACGCCUGUACUGUGUUGCUGUGAGGAAUUUGGAAUUCGAUUUCUCUCAACAACAACCGCCUACGUUGUAUUGCCACCACCAAACGCCCGUCAACAACCGGUUGUACUGUGUAGCAGCGGAGAAUUUCGGCUUUCAGCCCUACAUAGUCCUUAUGUCAUUUUCAGACAUGAUAUGUGUCAUGCUUUACAUGGCCAAAGGCGGAGGAGAAGCCGGCAAAUCAGGGGACGAUUGCUUCACGUAAUAACGCAGGGUUCAAAAGUCAACAAACUGCAGAUGGAUGUGGAAAAGAAGAAUGACUCAGGGGAGGUGACACAAGACAUGGAUCAAGGACACUGUGAAUCCAGUACCACUUUAACAUUGGUGAAGGAUUUAAAUAAAUUUUUGAGGGAUGUUCGUUCUAUGUCAAAAAUGCAUGAAAGUCUUGGCACUUGUGUAGAAUAUAUGGAAGAGGAGUUGCCCAAAUAUCUAUACAAGGUACAUUGUUCGUUUGAGAUUCGAGAGGAUGAUGAACCAAGAUCUCUCAAACCAGAGUCAUUUCUGCCAACUUUUAGUGAAGAUUUUGAUCAUGAUGAAUUUUGCUAUUGGAUAAAAGAUGUAGAAAGUGGUUUUGAGUAUUGUGAUGUCGCAGAGGAUGAAGAAGUAGAAGUUGUAGUCAGAUGCACAUUGCCACGUGAUGGAGAGGCUUUCAAAUGGUGGCAAGGUAUCCAAGAGCUAAGCAAGAAAGUCGAUGAAAAACAUCCCAUUGGGUGGGAUGAGAUGAAGAGGUUGUUUAUGGCUAAAUACCUUUUUCCAAAGACUGUUUGAUAGCUAACAAAACAUCCUAAGGAAAUGGAAUUGCAUCUAUUUGGAAUUUAAGGAAAUUAAAAUCCUUUUGGCUUUUUGUUUCAACUUUUUUGUAUCUGGUAAAAUUACAAACAUAUCCUUUUAUCUU